GGACUGAGGAAAGUGUUAAGCCAUAUGCCGCCUGCCGGGCUAUCGGCGAGAGGCUUGUCUACCUUGAUGGACCACGGACAACCGGAUGCUCGUCAUCGGAGCGAGCGUUUCCUACUCUACUCAGAGAAUGGCUCCUCACAUCCUCACAGUCCUAACACGGCCAACUCAUCGCCUCGGUAUCAGUACAACAGCAGAACCAAUAGUCAUACCACUAGUUACGGGUCCAUAUAUGGACGCACAUCUAGCAACAAUAUGUCUGAUAGCAGUGUUUCUGACACGCAUAGCGGUGGAACUGCGAGAACUGUCUCUCAGCAGACUAGUCCAUCUCAUGGCACACAUUCCUCCUCUCAGUCACGGCAGGAUAACAGCACCACUAUCUUCACAGCUCUCUUUGAUUACACAGCUCAGGGUGAAGAUGAGUUAUCCCUGCAAAGAGGAGAAACUGUUGAGGUUUUAUCCAAGGAUGCCAAAAUCUCAGGUGAUGAGGGAUGGUGGACCGGAAAAAUUCGUGGGAAAGUGGGAAUUUUUCCAGCAAACUUUGUUGCGGAAGCAGAGAGCAUUGAUCGAGUUUCGUCGGUGAUCGAUAAAGUGCAGCCGAUUGAGAUCGACUUUGACGAGUUGCAAUUGGAAGAAGUUAUAGGAGUUGGAGGAUUCGGAAAAGUGUACAGGGGUUUUUGGAAUAAACGCGAGGUAGCUGUGAAGGCUGCGCGUCAAGACGCUGGCGAGGAACCUAGUGUAACGUUAGAGAAUGUACGACAGGAAGCGAAACUUUUCUGGUUGUUGAAACACGAAAAUAUUGUACAAUUAGAGGGAGUGUGUUUGAAAAUGCCCAACAUGUGUCUCGUGAUGGAGUACGCUCGUGGUGGCAGUCUUAACAGAGUUCUCAGCGGCAGGAAGAUAAGGCCUGAUGUAUUAGUUGAUUGGGCGAUACAAAUCGCGAGAGGCAUGGAUUAUCUUCACAACAAAGCUCCCAUAAGUCUUAUCCACAGGGAUCUAAAAAGUUCUAACGUAUUGCUAAGCGAGCCGAUUGAGAAUGACGACUUUCAAUACAAAACUCUGAAGAUCACGGAUUUUGGUUUGGCGAGAGAAGUUUACAAAACGACUCGUAUGUCUGCGGCAGGCACGUAUGCGUGGAUGGCACCAGAAGUUAUUAAAAAGAGUACUUUCAGCAAAGCGAGUGAUGUAUGGAGCUACGGUGUGCUACUGUGGGAACUAUUGACUGGAGAAACACCAUACAAAGGUAUUGAUGCUCUGGCUGUAGCGUACGGUGUUGCCGUCAAUAAGCUUACUCUACCUAUCCCAUCUACCUGUCCUCAACCAUGGAGAGUUCUCAUGGAAGCAUGCUGGGCAUCUGACAGUCACGCUCGACCAGGAUUCACGGAUAUUCUAAUAGCUUUGGAUGAGGUGCGCAGCGCAUUCGCGGCAACGCCACACGAAUCUUUUCAUACGAUGCAGGAAGACUGGAGGCAGGAGAUCGAACAAGUUCUACAUGGAUUGCGCAUGAAGGAAAAGGAGCUGCGCUGUAGAGAAGAAGAACUGACGAAGGCACAAGUGCAACAGAGACAGCACGAGGAAAAUUUGAGACAGCGGGAACAGGAAUUAGCCGCGCGCGAGAUAGCUAUCUUGGAGAGGGAACUCACCGUGAUGAUCAUUCAACAGCAAAACACGCCUACGCCUAACAAAAGACGUGGCAAGUUUAAGAAGUCACGAUUAAAAUUAAAUAAAAAGGAACCUGGAAGCAACAUUAGUGCUCCUUCGGAUUUUCGUCACACUAUCACCGUUCAGGAUACGGCUUUAGCUGCAAGCAAAGUAAGAAAUCCAUCGAGACCGAACAGUCCGCCAGGUUCACCCAGCAUUCCAAGGCUUAGAGCGAUCGCAUUACCAGCGGACGGAGUAAAGGGUAAGACUUGGGGACCGUCGACGCUUCAUCAACGUGAGCGCGGGGCUAUUAUCACCCAACCGCCGAACCCCGCUUCCCCUGGCGGCAAACGCUGGUCCCGUUCCGCGCCAGAUCUCGAAAAGACACCUCUGCGUACAGCCCUGUUGGCGAGCGCGCACCGCUCCCCGCUUCUGCAGGAAAUAGGCCUCUCUGAGGAAAGCAUCUACCACACCCAUUAUACAGCAUUACCGCCUGAUCUAUCGUCGGCUGACUGGGUAACGUCAGAAUAUCCGCUGAAGCCCGGACUGACUGGACCCUACAUCAUGCCGAUGCCUGUGCCUAUGCCUACCCUCUACAACGGCGAGGCGAAGAAACCAAAGCUAAGCAUAGUCGAGCUGGUCCUGUACAACAUCGCGGCGAUGUUGGCCGGCGUGGCUACUGGCUACGACGUAAGAAUGUCGAACAUAUCUCCGAUACAUCCGCGCCUAUACCCAAGGCUGAACGAGUGCGAUGAAGAUGGCCAGUCGAGGUGGUGGUUUCAAGCGGACACCGGGUCGAAUCGCAACUCCUACCUCGGCGAUUACGAGUUCAGCUCGAGCAGCGGCUAUCCGCACAACACUUACCACGGACGGGCACACCAUUACAGGCCGUUCCUGAGUAACAUGGGUGGCAUAGCGCCUGGCCUUUCAUCCGCAGCGAUACCGGACAAGCCAUUACGCUUUACGGAUUCCCCGCAGCAUUACACAAACAGCACAACGGGCUCAAACGCCCCGACGCCGAGCCCAAGGAGGAAGAGUAGUAGCAGUACCAGCAACGAGGACGCGUACUCGCACGACGCGGCCCGCGUCGAUCGUAUGGAGAGGAUGCCGACGGUAUACAUGGGUAACGUCGCCCCGUUCCCAGAUUACGCGCCGCCGAUGUACACCGUCGUACCGCCGGAGUACUAUCGGCCCCCCGAACCAACGUACUUCAUACCUACGGAAUAUCACGACCGGAUGCUCGAAUGCCCCGAGUUCCCACACGCGUACGACAAUCCAAGCAGUAUGAACAGCCCGGCCAGGCCGGUGUCCAGGCUUCUGCCCUACACACAUCACCGUACCUCAUCGAAUGUCUCGAACGCCAGUACGUCGAGCCAAAGCAACGUUAAUCCGACGUUCCGGCUGGAGGAUGAAGAUGAUUACAGCGUAUACAUGCCAAUAUCGUAUUACCAGCGAUCCUCGAAUGUUAUUUCCAACUUGGCAACGACGUACGGUGCGAACAUACUCAAUCACGAGUAUGGCUCGCCGUUGCUGACCCGCCAGAACUCGCACGACUCCAACUCAAACUCCGGCGAGCGGCCGAGCAAUCUAGAGGUGGUCACGCGUCUGCGCUCGAGUCUGAAACGAUCCAGUUACAAUCCGUAUAACUCGCCGAGUAAGAGCGUGAGCAAAAAUAAUUCCGGCUCGGGCACACCGACGAAUCCGACACCACCAGACUCACUCACGUCCGAGGACUCGAGCUACGUCUCCGCGAAGGAUAGUCAGAUUAGUCGAGUACGCUUUUCGCCUGUGACAUUCGAUCGUGAAGGCGUGCCGGCACGCGACGUUCAUAGAGAGACGUUGCUGGAUAUUCCGGUUCAUGGUCAGAGCCAGGACGCCACGGUGCCGCUACAGGCCAACCGACGAGUCAAUCGGAGUAGGAAGCCAAGUAUCUCGGAGCUUGAAAGGGAAUUCUUGUCAUAGCACUGGCUUAUUUAAGGUCACACGGCUCUCCUUCGUGUAGAACCAGCUAGACCGAGCGGGUUCGUCGAUAUUUUAUCUAUUUAUGGAUUUUUAGCGAACGGUAAUCCUAGAACCGAUCUCUUUACGCCUCCGAUUAUACAGUCGUGAUUAUGAAAUCUUACGAUUGUUGAUCGGAAGAAUUGUACGUUAUCGAAGCACUGCCUCUCGCGGACGAUUUUCAAUAGUAGCGGUACACUAACACAAGUCUGGGAAUCAACAUUCCAUACAACAUACAUAGAAUUCAGUGAAAUUUACGUAACGUGUAGCGUAAUACGUGAUUGAACGAAUUUUUAAUUUGAUAACGUAAUGGUAUUUGACAUACGCGUCGCGUGUUGAAAUACUAACAUGUAUAUCACGAGCGAAGAAUGCGAUGCAAUGUGGUAUACGUUCAAAUUGCAUAUUACUCCGAGAAUAAAUAUAAAUACUUUUUUGAAGAAUACAAAGUAUAUCUUACAACUUCAACCGUUAAUGACAGAGUCUUUGAUUUUGGUGCUGAAUAUAAUUUUUCUAUUAAUUUAAUAUUCUUAGUUUUAUAUAAACUGCAUCGCUUAUACUAAGUAGUAACUGUGUUUUAAGAUUGACAAAAUUGUCGGUGUGCAGUUUAUGUAAACUAAGAAUAUAAAAUUAAUAAAAAAAUUAUAUUCAGCACCAGGAUCCGCUGCAGAAAUAAGCAAUCUUAGUUUUAUCUUUUUUUAAAGGACUUUUAAGACUUUUAAGACUUUUAUUAAAGAUAGUAAUUGUCUCAAUCUGUAUAACGACAUCGUUGAAUAACAAGCACGCUGUCAUUCGAAACUAUGCAAUUUGAUAUUCUUUAUGUUUAUCAAAACAUUCCAGAAACAUUAUCGCAUUUAUAUAGUCAGCAUCUCAACAAUACGUGUAUUUAAAACACGACGAGGGGCGCGGUCGAGCUUACGAUACAAGAUUUAUCAAAAUACGUAUACACGUAAUAUGCAAUUCCAUUACACUAAGUAAGAUUUAAAAAGCGAGCGAAGAGGAGCGUUCUUUUCUUCGGCAAUUAACGCAUUGACAAAUAUUCGGAUGAUAUAUCUGCGACGAAAGUUGUAAAUUUUUCUUGCAUUUAGUACCAAGUUACGUUGUGAUGCAUUUCUCGUAACAAACAACUUUAGUGAUAUUUGUUCUCGGCGCAAUAUAAAACAUUCCAGGGAGAUUUGUUGGAACGUAAGGAACUGUUCUACACGAUACGAAAUUAACAUUUCAUCGGAUUUCGAAUUAGUGCAAGCUUAUAUGUUUUCGAGAAACCCUGGAUUUCUAAGAAGUUACUUUUCCCAGAGAUUUGUGAUAAAUUCCGCAAAUGAAGCGAAUGUUAAUUCCGUAUUGUUUAAAUUGGUCCAGUUGGGACAAGAAUAGAUUUUUUUAGCAUUUGUAUGUUUAAAUAGAGUGUACUUGUGGUUUUAUCUUAAUUUUCCUACUAGAAAAUAUCGCGACAACAGUUUCGCGAAAAAUUGUAUAAACUUUUGUGCGCUCUGUGCAACUUGAACGAGAGCAAUUUGCGUUAAUUAUAAAUACGCAACGGCAGCUUGAAGAUAUAUUGUAUAUUAAUAAGGAAAUGUACGGUUGUUUUAAAGUUUUAAACGGAUAAUUAAUCAAUUCGAGCUAAAGAACAAUCAUUAUUUAUAAACUGUAAUUUUAUGUACUUUACAAGAUACGGACGGCUACGAAGUAUUAGUUGUAAUAUUAUAUAUUUAGCCCAACUCCCGCGAUUACGUAUAUUAGAACAGUAUUUCCGACAUAAUCUCUCUCCUUUAUCGCAAUCAGUGUAACUAGUCAUUGUAAUUGUAUUUGAAGUUGUACCAUUGUGAUAGCGAUACGAUUCCAUUUUCCUUCGUCUCGUGAUGCGCUAAAUUAGAGAAAACUCUCUAGCGCACGAAUGUACUCGCUUUUUCAGCAUCUCUGUUUCCAGAUAUUUUUUUUUCGUAACUUUUCUCUGUAACUUUGAAGAUUCACGUAUUAUUGAAAAGAAGGAAAACGUUACUGUGCCGCUAUUAAAAUAGUGCCUCUGCUCAAUGAUACGUUCAUUGCGUCGUUCUGUUGUAAUGCACAAUUGGAGAUGUACACGAUUUAUACAUCCAUCUAAGAUACUUCCACCUCUCGAUUAUGCCAAUCGACGAAAGCGUGUCCGAUCGACGGGCGCGUUUACGAAAAUACAUGAGAGGGCAUGUACAGAAUUUAGCAUUUUCGACAUUAAAACGCGAAUUGUAUGUGUCGUAGCACGACAAACACGAUUAAAUAGCCGCGUCUUGCGCAGUUGUCACGCUUCUUUUGUACCUUAUGAAAACAGUGCGUCGCUUCAUGAGUGAUUCGCGCGCGCGUCUGUAGAAAGUAUUCAAAGCGUGAGUCGUAGGUGAAUUACACAAUAUGCAACUGCAUAAGACGCGGCUAGUGCAUUUGCUGUAGGAUUAUUGUGGAACAAAGAUCCCCCUAACGAUCGUUGUACAUAUAAAAGAAAAAAAAGUAAGCGCUAAAUCAUUAUUAUUGUUUAAAUAGAACGACUACUCAUACAUUCCUUAUGCAGCUAAAACGCUAUGUUGUACAAUAUUCACGACACUCCUUCGAAAGAUAUUGACGAUGAAGACUGGAUCUGCUUCGUGGAUAUCUUUGCGCUGCAUUGCACCAAUAAUACGAGUAUAAGCAUUUCAGUACGGGGUAUCAAAUCGAGCGUGUCGAAGAGAAGAGUGAAUCUUUCCGCUGCCUUCCUUCGAUUGAUAUAAUAUACGAGAUAUUAGAAAAACGUUUGUGCUACUCCGUGCUGUGUGCUCUAUGUGCCCUGAAUACAUACGGAUUGCUGAGUAAUAAAAUAGAACGCGACACACGUAAUUUUAAUUUAUUGAUAUUACGAGACGAACGCCUGUCGAAUUUAGUUUGAAUCUGUGAACUAAUCAAAGUUACUUACACUGUUUUUGCGCCGCAAUUCAAAGUAAUCAAAACUUUUCUUAUUUGUACUGUAUCAAUCUCAAAUAGCGUUUAAUGGAGUCAUGGAGUCCUUUUAUCUCUUCUUCAUCGUAAGAACUGCUUCUCGUUUACAUUGUUUUCUCGAAUGACGAUCAUCAGUAUUGUAGAUGUAUGCUGUGCGAUGUACGUGAAAUGUGUUGCAGGAAAGAAAAUUUCUUCGAUGGUUUCGUCGCGAACGAUUCAUUUCGACUGCAAGAAAAAGAAGAAUGAAAAAAAUUAGACACCUAAAAAUAAAUAAAAGAAUUACAAUGCAUCCAAAUCUUUCUUAAGCAAAAAAUUAACGUUUGCAUAAUAACAAGACUUGUAAUAUUAAUUGACUUUUCUCUACGUAUUUGUAGUAACUCUUUAUCUAUUUAAUUAUAUAGACAACAGUCCGAUUUUUCUAUUACUUCUAUUAAUUUUCUCUUUCUCGCAACAUGUUUCAUGAGUAUAUCUUUUUACGCUGUGCGAAGGUAUUUCUGCGGUGCUAAUAUCACGUACUUAAAUAUGUUAAAUAAGUGACACAUAGAAAUUCAAAAUGCUUCCAAGAUAAUCGAGAGAGAGAGAGAGAGAGGAGAGAGAGAGAGAGAGAGAGAGAGAGAGAGAGAGAGAGAGAGAGAGAGAGAGAAUGAAAAGAAAGAAUGAAAGAAAAAAUUUGAUAAAGUGCUAGUGAAUGCUGAUAUUCGAAAAUAAUUGUUCAUAUAUAAAUAUAUGAUAUAAUAAUUUUUAAUUAUACAAGAAUAUGAAAUGUUCGCGGCAGCUAUUGUGUAAUGGCGUAUUCGUCGCCGACAGUGCUAGUCUAAGCUAUAUUUAUUUUUUAUAUAUAUAACAAACACACCUUAGCUAGAGAUUAAAAAGAUAAGAAUCCGAUUUUAUACUUUAUUAGAGAGCAUUUACGAAAUAUGUUUGACUCGUUGGGCAGAACGUGUAUAAGAAACGUGUGUUCAGAAUAAUUCUAUAUAUAUAUAAGAUAAAUUACGUUGUAUCAUAUCAAACGCAACUAAAGUCUAUAUAUAUAUAUAUAUAUAUAUAAAGUCUAUAAAUAUAUCUUACUGUAAAGAAAACUCAAUAAAUUUAUCAUGUAUCGUUCGUAUGACAUAUAUUAAUAACAUUCACCAAUUACAGUAAUUUAUAAUUUCUUUUAAACAACUUUUCGAUACGCAUAAUUCUAGUUUAGAUUUCAGACUUAAAAUUUAUAUAAGAGAAAUAAAUAUCUUCUUUUAGAUGAUUGAUGCUUUCAAUAUUAAAAAUAUUCAAUAUACAAUAUUAAAUAUCUUUUCAUUCUUUUAUUUCCUUUUUCUCUGCCAUUUGUUACGUACAGGACGCGCACUUUGAUACAAGGUAAAUUUAUGAAACUUAUACGAGGAGAAAAAGAGCACACAAAUAUAGAUUACAGACAAAAUGCGAGAUUCUCUCUGAUAUCUGUUUUUACGUAAUACAUAUAUAAGAUAUGUAAUUCACGUUUACAAUGUAGUCCUCAUUAGUUUCGUUAGACCUAACGAGUGGACAUCGCCGGUCAAGCUACUGAAAUAAAAAGAAAUACUCAACCUUGUGGAACAUAUGAUACGACAUAAGAUCCCGUUGCUCUCUGAACUGCUGUUCUUAUAAUGUCGCAUUUAAAACUUGUAAAUAUAUAUACUUUAUCAUGUAACAGAUUAUAUCGCGAUUGCAUGCUGCUUGCGCGAAUUAGCAAAUUGUACAAUAACGACCACGACCAAGACGAUUAAUUGUAAACGAAUUGUUUAAUCGAUGUAUACACAUUCUGCGCUGUGAUAGCCCUUAUACUUGUACGCUUCUGGCGUGUGUAGAAAGUUUAACGUAAUGUAUUUCAUAAAUAUAAAAAAAAACGACUUAACGACGCAGGGCUAUCACAGUUUGAGAUAUAUAUAUUUAUAUAUAUAUGCAAAAUUAGGUUUUUUCCAUCAGAAUUCCGUUGCAAUACAUGAGCUGUAAAAAAUGUAGGACAAUGUAACAGCAAUUUAUCGCAGGCAGUUUAGUUAAGCAUGAAGUAACUUUAUAAAAGUAUGUUAAGCUAAGUGCAAUGUGUUCCACGUGUAUUUAAGUAAGAGAAUAAUGAAUCGCUUUGAUGCGCGCCUUAAAGUAAACGAGAAACAUCGCGAAAAUCCAAAGCUUUUGACGGGAAAUUCUUCAAUGUAUUAUAAUAGCCUUCACGUGGCGAUUUUUCGUGCGAUUUCGGGAAUAUUCACCUUCGGUAUCCGGGAAUCAAUUUUUUUUUACUGAUCUCCCGGGCUUCGAGCGUAAAUCACCAAGCACGACGAGCGAGGUCCCACGCAGGACCGUUUUUAUCUAGCAGGGAGAGAAAUAAUUAUUAUAUAACAGACGAAUGAAUAUUCAUUUCACGAUGGAUCCCCGAGAACUCGAGAUUGUUUAAAAGCAGAAAAAUAUAUCUUAAUAAUAUAUUGUCUUCGAA